AACCUUUUGUUAUUGAUAACCUUGCCAGCUUUGUUGAGCCACCGGCCCAUUUGAACUCAGUGAUUAUAUUUUACAAUCUAGAUAUCUGCUAGUUUCAUCGCGUAAUACUCGUUAUCACAUUUGCCGUACAAUGGUUCAGGGAUAGGGAAUGCAUGACUCCACACUCUGCACCCCAAACAGCUAUCUCAGGGUCGCGCGAACGCAAAACGAUUACUCGGAAAAUCCCAGUAAAGCAUCAUUGCAGAUAGCCUUAAGUUGUACGGUCCAGGACCUAUACAUGGCGCCGUGAGGUAUAAAAGCACCACAAUUCUGUACGCUGGCUAUUUAGUCUCCCUCAAUCCAAAGGCCUGUCUUCAUCUAUCGCUAUAUUUCCUCCGCUUUUAGAGCAUACGGGCAACCUUUUGUUUCCAAUUCUAGCUUGAUCAUCUACUUCGAGAGUAAUAUCACCAGCUACAAUGGAGAAGCUACAAGACAUCACGGCCACGGUAGAGAAUCUCAACUGCUUCACUGUCGGAGUCGUGGGAGCCACACUGCUCCUGCUCGCCAUGGGUAAAUUGUUGUUACCGUCGUAUGAUACUCGUGAGCCCCCUCUGGCGCCUCCAGGCAUUCCCAUCUUUGGGCACAUGUUCGGCUUUAUGCGCAACAGCUUCGGCUACUACGAGAAGAUGAACAAGAAGCUCCGGCUUCCCAUAUUCACAAUGCUCAUGCCCGGGCGCAAGAUCUAUGUCAUCACCAAACCGGAGCUUGUCGCGCGCGUGGAUAGACAGAACAAGUUUUUCUCCUUCGCACCCAUAGUUUCCGAGUUCAGCAGCGUCACCUGCGGCACCAGCAAGGCGGCUAACGAGAUCCUGAGCCAGAAUCUGCUGGGCGAGCACGGCAACUGGGGCUUGUGCGAGGAUAUGGUUAUUGGUAUGCGAGAGUCGCUGAAGCCGGGAGAGAACCUCGACAAGAUGAACGUCAUCAUGGCCAAGGAAGUCUGCCGUUCACUUGAUCAGACCAAGCCCGAGGAUGGGAAAGACGCUCGCAUUAUCCAAUUGUCGGCGUGGGUUGCUGACGUUGUGACCAUGGCGACGACGAAAUCGGUCUAUGGUCCUGAGAACCCAUACGAGAGAGAGGACAUCAGGGAUGCUUUCUGGGAAUUUGAGAAGGGCAUCAUGAAGAUGCUCGUAGCGCCGUUCCCUGAAUAUACGGCCAAGGAGUCUAUCAAAGCCCGCAAUAAGGUAACUCAAGUGUUGGCGGACUAUUAUGCUAACGGUCAUCACGAACAAGGCUCUGCUUUGGCGAAGGCAAGAUACGACUACUCGGUCAAGAACAACGUGCCACUUGCAGAUAUUGGCCGCUUUGAAAUCGGAGGGACUAUUGCAAUCUUGGUCAAUACGCUUCCAUCUUGCUACUGGAUGUUACUGCUGGUCCAUACCACCCCGGGAUUACUGGAGGAGCUGCGCGCAGAAGUAGACGCGGCAUUGAUAAUCGACAAAGAAACAAACAAGGCCAUGAUCGAUAUCACUGCUAUUAAGAACGACUGCCACUUGCUUUCUUCCACCCUGAAGGAGAGUCUGCGCUUCCGAGGCAUGGGAACGGCUGUCCGGAUCGUGGUGCAGGACACGGAUAUCGGCGGCUAUCUGCUCAAGAAAGGCUCCAUGGUGCAGAUUCCUCUUCAAGUCCUUCACCACGACCGGGACAACUGGGGCCCAGAGGCCGAGUCAUUCGACCCGUACCGGUUUGUCAAAGGAGCAGGAAAGAAGCUGCCAGAUGAGAGCGGCUAUCGUAGCUGGGGUGGCGGCAAGCAUCUGUGCCCGGGCAGGUUCUUCGCCACAAAUGAGAUUCUCGCCGUCGUCGCUCUCUUCAUAUCUCGCUACGAAAUGCGACCUGUUGGCGGCGGCGACUGGGUGAUGCCAACCACGGCCAACAGCAACGCUGCGACACAAGUGGCACAGCCUGACUUUGAAAUGGAUAUGGAGGUGAGGAACAGGGUUGGGUUUGAACAUUAUACGUGGAAUGUUGAGCUUCGCAAGGCGUAGAUAGCUGCUGUCUUGGCAGAAAUGGUUGAAUCAUCACAAUGCAAUUCCUUUUCUA